CAAACAUUACUAAAGCUGUCUACCAACAAACUAAGCCUUCCAAUUAACGAAAUUAAUCCAGUCCAAUCCGCCAUGAGCGGCAAGCCACCACAUUUAACUACGACGAACAACCCUCCAAAAUAUCUCCUCCUCUACCCCUUUGUCAUGGACUCACUGUAGAGAGAGAGUAGAAACAGAGUAUGAUGAGCAGGACAACGAGAUGUCCGAAAGAGGACAAGGCGGGGCCCUUCUUCCUAGCCACUCUGGUGCUCUGGUUCGUCUCCGUUCUGUUCGAAAUACUCUUCCACCGGCGCUCGGAGCUGCUCGCCGUUGUUGCCGGCUGCUUCUUUUACCAAUUGGCCAACUGGGUUGUCCGCAGUUUCGUCUCCCGUGACCCUCUCUUCGUCAACACCUCCGUUUCGCUCCUCCACUCCUCCAUAACCUCCGCUUCAGUGGUAUUCAUUUUGGUUAAUCGGUGGUUAGAAAAUGGCUCGGUUGGAAUGUUUGAGCAUGCGGAGUUGGUUGGACGUACUUGGCCAUGGGCAUACCCAGCUUUGUGCUUCUCAUGCGGUUACUUUGCAUAUGAUCAGUGGGAUAUGCUGCAGUAUGGGUUAUAUAGCGGUUGGAUUCCUUCCAUCUUGAUGCAUCAUCUGGUUCUCCUCAUUUGUUUUACUCUUGCUUUGUAUCGGAAUGUCACCAUCAAUUACCUUAUUCUCACUCUCAUUUGUGAGCUGCACUCUAUCUUUCUGCAUGUGAGGAAAGUGCGGCGGAUGGCAGGCAUUCGUGACGCUACAAGCAAAAUUGUAAAAGUAGAGUGGGUUCUUAAUUGGGUCACCUUCACUCUAGCAAGGACGGCACCUCACAUUCUCAUCACAGCCAAGCUCUUCUGCGAUGCUCCCAAAUUCGGAAAGGGUAUAGAGCUGCCAGUUGCGCUGUUUGGAAUGUUCGGAAUGAACUUUCUGAAUGCUUCUCUUGGCAUUGAUCUCUUCCAUGCUUUCAAGAGAGAGAGGAAUCCUCAGCAUGCUAAUGCUCAUCAUGAAUGACAAGGCCAAAGAUAAGAGUUGCAAAUAAUUUUGGUCUCUGUUGUUUUAUUUAAUUGAUUUUGCACAUGAAAUCGUCGUCAUUGAUAGAAAUGAGUUGUUCUUUGAGAAAUUAACAAUGUAAAUUAUGUGAGCAUAUGAAAAGUAUGGUUUGUUUCCAUUGAA